UGGUUCCAGAGCCUCAAACGUCUCUCUAUUUAGUGGCCAGCUGGCUCUCUAUUUAGUGGCCAGAGACGUUCGAGGCCCUGGAACCAGGGUACGUUGCCCCACCCCUACUACAGCCCCAUACAAUCAUUUACUGUUUUAGCAGUUUAAAAACGCCAAUUCUCCGGUUCCCCUUUAUAUGAAUUAUCUUUAUUCAGUUCCAAAAUUUUAUGUACAUAACAGCUCAUAGGUAUCAAUCCUAACUUUUAAAAAAGUUGAAGUCUGCCUGGCCGGAGAUUUGUUCGCUUUAAUUUCUUGGUCCUUUGUUUCACAUGUGGAGCAGAGCAAAGGAAUCAAAAGAAACAGAAAGCUCUGCACAGAAAAAUUGGUCUGAUGCCUGCCGUCCCCCAGGAGUGACGUUGUGGCCUUCACUAUUGCAGCCAACCAAAACCGACAGCUUCUUGGCAAAGAUGGUCUUCUACCUUCAGACAUGUAUUUAAAAAGGAUCAAGCAACACUUUAGCCAGGAAACUGAAUGGAAAACAUUCCUACAUGUCCCUACACUGCUUCUCUUCACUGAUCCUGCCCAAGUGGAUCAGCACCUUGAUGUAUUGGCAUAUACUGGGCUUGCUGUGUCUGCCUUCAUCCUUCUUACAGGGUGUGCUAAUAUGAUUAUGAUGUUUGCUCUUUGGCUGGUUUAUCACUCCAUUGUGAAUGUUGGGCAAAGAUGGUAUUCAUUUGGAUGGGAAUCCCAACUUCUUGAAUCCGGCUUUUUGGCCACCUUUCUUUGUCCAGUUUUCAAGCUGCAACAGGUCCCAGCUCAGACGCCGAUACCCUUGGUUGUGAUCUAUGGUUACAGAUGGCUGAUUUUCCGCAUAAUGCUUGGAGCGGGCUUGAUAAAAAUCAGAGGUGACCAAUGUUGGCGUGAUCUAACGUGCAUGAACUACCAUUAUGAGACCCAGCCUGUACCCAACCCAAUAAGUUACUACAUGCACCACUCUCCUGAGCUCUUCCACAAAUUCGAGACUCUGGUCAAUCACUUUGUAGAACUUGUCGCCCCAUUCCUGCUCUUCCUGCCACGCCCUUUGCGUAUCUGGGGUGGCCUAAUUCAAAUUGCUUUUCAGGUUAUACUUAUCAUAAGUGGCAACUUAAGCUUUCUAAACUGGCUGACCAUCUUGCCCAGCAUCGCGUGCUUCGAUGACUCCUCUCUUGCUUGGCUGUUCAGUUCAUUUUCUGGUGCUAGGAUUAAGGUGCAAGAGAUUCAGAAGGCUGAGAAGGAACACCCUUCGAAACCCACAUGGGGCCUGUGUGUGCGACGGACAUUUGAGAUCAUGUUGGGCCUGGUACUAGCGUAUCUCAGCAUCCCUGUGGUACAGAACUUAUUAUCUACGCGACAAGCGAUGAAUACUUCCUUUGAUUCCUUCAGACUGGUCAAUACGUAUGGCGCUUUUGGCAGCAUAACUAAAGAGCGCACGGAGGUGAUCUUCCAAGGAACUAGAAACCGCACAAUCAUACCCGACGACCAAGGAGGGAUCUGGCAAGAGUACGAGUUCAAGUGUAAACCAGGCAGUGUUGCUAGGCGACCGUGCCUAAUCUCACCUUACCACUACCGUCUGGAUUGGCUGAUGUGGUUUGCAGCUUUUCAGAACUAUCAAUACAAUCCGUGGCUAAUUCACCUUGCCGCCAAACUCCUUGCGAACGACGAGCAAGCUACUUCACUUAUAGCUCACAACCCAUUUGGCAACGGCACAACACCAAUGUUUAUCCGCGGAGAACAUUAUCGUUAUACCUUUGCCGAGAUGGGAAGCGCCGCCGCUGAACGUGGUCAGUGGUGGCAGCGAACGCGCAUUGGGUCUUAUUUCCCGCCGGUCACAUUACGCGGGCUCAGAGCUUUCCUCAAAGCACAGGAUUGGGAGCUGCCUAAAUUAAAAACAAACCGCAACGAGGCUAAACAGUGAAUGUAGUGUACAGAUCAGAUUGAAAUAGUAUGUAAAUGUGGUGCAUUCGCAUUGCGCAAGUAAGGGCAGUACUUACAGCCAAAUUCGUUGUUGCGCGACCUCGGCGAAUCCAAAAUCCUUGUCUCGUUUGGGAAUAGCGCGUAGUCAGACACAAGCUUUGGUGGCGGUUUGUCUGGUUUCGAUUGUUUGAUUUGAUUGACUACGCGCUAUCCUCAAAGAAAGAAAGGAAUUUUCGAUUCUGGGAGGUCGCGCAACAACGAAUUUUGCUUUAAACUGUAUACUAGUGUUCGAAACGAAAAUCACCGGAACUGAAGUAUUUUAAUACUUUAAAAGGGCGUAGCUUAAAAAAAAGUCCGGCUGCCUUUUUUUUAGUCAAUAAAACACGCAUGUGCACUAGAGCCCUCAAGAGCCAACAUUUUCAAAUAAGCCUUCGCCUAAGAUAAAAAUUUUAUGUAACACUUAGUGCUUCUAGUCAUUAGUAGUUCUUAAAACGGAGAAACAAACAUAGAGAUAGAUUUAGACUUUUAAUAAAGGUAACACUUAUAUACAAAUCACCCUCAGUAUAGUGAUAAAGCUGCCUUAUACCGCGACCUUUUUUACCCUUGAGUCUAGAGGCUAAAAGUCAACCCUUACCAACUCCCUGUAAGUUUUUAAACUAAAACUUUAAAAAAAAGGAGAAAUGGAAAAAGCGAGCCUCUUGUUGCCAGCGUAAACUUGUUUUUGUUGUUGUUAGAUAAUCUUAAGCGCAGGUUAUAAUAAACAACCCAGUAUCGUAUAA